UCAACUCGGAGCAACCUUGUGCGCAGUUGCUAGUCUAUUCAAAGAGACGACAGUAGCAUUAGCCGAGAGACAUUGAAUGACUUUGUAGCAGUGUGCGGCCGGGUAAAGAAAGUUGUCUGUUUGACAGGUCGCGAUUAGAAUUUGAGCCAAUGGAGGCCCUCAUCCCUGUCAUAAACAAACUGCAGGAUGUGUUUAACACGGUCGGCGCAGACAUCAUUCAACUGCCGCAGAUAGUUGUUGUGGGGACUCAGAGCAGUGGAAAGAGUUCUGUUUUAGAGAGCCUGGUUGGCAAGGACCUCCUUCCCCGUGGCACUGGCAUCGUCACACGUCGGCCUCUCAUUCUACAGCUAGUGCACAUCGAUUCGGAGGACUGCAGGAAAACCAGUGAAGAGAAUGAAUCCAAGACAAAGGGACGCCUUUCCAGAGGCAUCAACGGAGAGGAAUGGGGAAAAUUUCUUCACACCAAAAACAAGACCUACACAGACUUCGAGGAGAUUAGGCAAGAAAUUGAUGCAGAAACUGAAAGAAUUUCAGGCAAUAACAAGGGUGUAAGUGAUGAACCAAUUCACCUGAAAAUCUUCUCACCACAUGUUGUGAACCUCACAUUGGUGGAUCUGCCUGGCCUCACAAAGGUGCCGGUGGGAGACCAGCCCAAAGACAUAGAGCUCCAGAUCAAAGAAUUGAUCUACAAGUACAUCUCCAACCCUAACUCCAUCAUCCUGGCUGUGACUGCUGCCAAUACAGACAUGGCGACCUCAGAGGCCCUUAAAGUAGCCCGCGAGGCUGACCCUGAUGGCCGGAGGACGCUAGCGGUGGUGACCAAGCUUGAUCUGAUGGAUGCUGGCACAGAUGCCAUGGACGUAUUAAUGGGCAGAGUCAUUCCUGUCAAACUGGGCAUUAUUGGAGUCGUGAACAGGAGUCAGUUGGAUAUCAAUCAAAAGAAGAUGGUGACUGAUGCAAUCCGUGAUGAAUACGGCUUCCUUCAGAAGAAGUACCCCUCACUUGCAAACCGAAAUGGAACCAAAUAUCUGGCCAGAACUUUGAACAGGUUACUCAUGCACCACAUCAGAGACUGUCUCCCGGAGCUGAAGACCAGGAUCAACGUGCUGGCAGCUCAGUACCAGUCGUUACUCAACAGUUACGGUGAACCUGUCGAUGACAAGAGCUCCACGCUGCUGCAGCUCAUCACCAAGUUUGCCGCAGAGUACUGCCACACCAUAGAGGGCACAGCCAAGUACAUCGAGACGACCGAACUGUGCGGCGGAGCGAGGAUCUGCUACAUAUUCCACGAGACGUUUGGUCGCACGUUGGAGUCGGUCGAUCCGCUGGGUGGUCUGACGACCAUCGACGUGCUCACGGCGAUCAGAAACGCGACGGGCCCGAGGCCCGCUUUAUUCGUGCCCGAGGUUUCCUUUGAGUUGCUGGUGAAGCGGCAGGUGAAGCGCCUGGAGGAGCCCAGUCUGCGCUGCGUGGAGCUGGUUCACGAGGAGAUGCAGAGGAUCAUCCAGCACUGCAGCAACUACAGCACACAGGAGUUGCUGAGGUUUCCGAAGCUCCACGAUGCCAUCGUAGAAGUGGUCACCUCGUUACUUAGAAAGAGACUGCCGGUCACCAAUGAAAUGGUUCACAACCUGGUUGCCAUUGAGUUAGCCUACAUCAACACCAAGCACCCUGACUUUGCCGAUGCCUGUGGCCUCAUGAACAAUAACAUAGAGGAGCAGAGACGCAACCGAAUGAGAGACUUGCCCUCUGCUGUCCCCAGAGACAAGUCCCUUAAAGGCCCAGGUGGUCAGUCUCUCUCUCCCACUGAGCUUCUUGCCCUUGAGGCCGAGGCCACCAAGGCCGCAGCAGGCGGCUCUCAAAGCGGCAGCGAGCAGACGGACGGCGCCACGGGGACCUGGAGAGGCAUGUUGAAAAAGGGAGAGGACGGAGCCGCUGCGGACAGAGCCAUGCUCCAGCACCCACUUCCUGCCAGCCCGCAGAGGGGCCACGCUGUCAACCUGCUGGAUGUGCCUGUGCCAGUGUCUAGAAGGUUGUCUGCUCGCGAGCAGCGGGACUGCGAGGUCAUCGAGAGGCUCAUCAAGUCCUACUUCCUUAUUGUACGGAAAAACAUCCAGGACAGUGUACCGAAGGCAGUGAUGCACUUCCUGGUGAACCACGUGAAGGACUGCCUGCAGAGCGAGCUGGUGGGUCAGCUGUACAAGGCGGGCCUGCUGGACGACCUGCUGACGGAGUCCGAGGACAUGGCUCAGAGACGCACCGAGGCCGCUGACAUGCUCAAGGCGUUGCAAAAAGCCAGCCAGGUGAUCGCUGAGAUCAGAGAAACCCACCUGUGGUGAAGGCGGCUCCGCUACGGCAGGCUCCGCCCUCACGGACCAUCCAAGCGCUCUGCUCUGACUCCCAGCUCCUCGGAAACGUCGGAGACAAACAAGUUGAAAAUGCACUGGUGUGGAUAUGUGUAUAUCGUAACAUAGUUUUAAUGUACAGUAAGGACUUGGAUUUGACGAAGAGCAGUUCAUAUCGGCUCCUCUCCAUCAGCAUCACACACGCUCUCGCACUAGUUAUUGUAUUUUGAACUGAAACGAUAAGUAGAUAACAUUGUGCAUCGCCACUAUGUGGAGCCUUGCUGAGAAACUCUUCAUUUAAAUUUGAAUUAAAGCUGGAAAUGACAACUGAGACAUGAAAACGUUCUCUUCAUAAGGUUAAUUCUUUUAUUAGAUGUUGACAAAAUGAUGUGUCUGAUUGUUUCCAAUGAAAUGCACUUAAUGCAGAUACAUUUCUGUUUAAAUACCAGCCAUGAAACUAUUAUGCCCCAGACUCUAAUUCCUCACUUUUUGUUUACAUGUUGCGACAGAAUCUCAUCACAUAUUUAGAGGCCCGAGUACGUUGAAAUGAGCUGUAGCCGAGCGGUUCUGGCUGCUCGCGUUUUUGAAUGGACACGUGAUGGUACCGGACGCUGCACUUGGGUCACACGGACGAUGUGCGUCGUUUGAAAAGAGGCAGCACAUUGGAUGUAAUGACUUUUAUUUAUUGUUUUGAUCCUGAUAAUCGCACAGCAGUACAAUGAAUACACAGAUAAUAAGGCCAAUCACUGGUGUCGCGGCCUGCUUUCUCCUCGUCCGGCUGCUGCUUUACCUCAGCCGCCCGCCCAUUUUGCCCUUGCCGCGUCCUUUGGCGCUGAAAGGAUGCAGGGAAAGACAAAUGCCAAAUUCAGAGCAGCGCAGUCAGUGGGUUUAGGAAACACGGCGGUCAUUCUCCUUCUGCACUCGGCGGAUGAAAACGUAACCGUGAACAGGUUGCGUUUGGUACCGAUGGUACACGACAAGUGGGUUUGAUCAGAUAAAUACUGUCAGAACACAACUACAUGUAUUUCAGUAAAGCUUGAACGUUUGAUGCCAAUAUAUUAAAGUUUAUUUCCUUUACACCUU